CAAAGAAAAGGGAAAAAGAAAGAGGAAGGUACAUAAAAAGAAGCUUAACAACACUUAAGCAGCAAAUUCUUGAAACACAGCUCAAAUCCAUGGCCGUCACAAAAUCCAUGUUACGCUUCAAUCGCUAUCUCCUUAAUCCCUUCUCUUGUCAUAGCAAAUUCAAACUCUUCACCACAUCUUCAACUGAAGUAUUAUCCGAAGAAGAAACUCAAUUAGCUGAAACUAUUCAUUCUUUAAUCAAAGACCAUCACCGCAAAAACCCUACAACAACUCCCAUUAUAAACCCUCACAUCACUUUCCCAACUCUCUCCUUCGAUUUCUCUAGAAUCUUCGAUAACAAACCCAUCUCCCCUCGGGUCAUCAACCGGGUCAUCGAGAAAUGCGGGUCGGUCCGCCACGGCAUCCCAUUUUCACAAGCACUAGCUUUCUUCAACUGGGCCACAGCGCGUGACGCGAGUGGCUCUUUCAUAGACCCUGAGCCACGCGCUUACAAUGAAAUGAUUGAUCUUGCUGGUAAGGUAAGACAAUUCGACAUCGCUUGGCAUUUGAUAGAUUUAAUGAAACUGAAAAAUAUCGAAAUCCCAAUUGAAACUUUUUCGAUUUUGAUUCGUCGUUAUGUUAGGGCCGGGCUUGCUAACGAAGCUGUUCAUACGUUUAAUCGAAUGGAAGAUUACGAUUGUAUGCCCGAUAGGAAUGCUUUUAGUGUAGUUAUAGGGAUAUUGUGUAAGAAAAGAAGAGCCAAAGAAGCACAAGCGUUUUUCGAUAGUUUAAAGGAUAAAUUCGAGGUUGAUGUGGUUUUGUAUACUAGUUUAGUUCAUGGUUGGUGUCGAUCGGGUAAUAUAUCCGAAGCAGAAAGGAUUUUUCGAGAAAUGAAGGAAUCAGGGGUCCCACCUAAUGUGUAUACUUAUAGUAUUGUGAUCGAUGCGUUGUGUAGGUCGGGGCAAAUUAGUCGUGCGUAUGAUGUUUUUUCGGAGAUGAUUGAUGUUGGUUGUCAACCUAAUGCGAUUACGUUUAAUAACCUAAUGCGCGUCCAUGUGAAGGCGGGGAGAACAGAGAAGGUGCUUCAGGUUUAUAAUCAGAUGAAGAGGCUGUCGUGUUGUCCUGAUGUUAUUACGUAUAAUUUCUUGAUCGAUGCUCAUUGUAAAGAUGAGAAUCGUGAUGAAGCGAUUAAGGUGGUUAAUGUUAUGGUUAAGAAAGGAUGUGAACCGAAUGCUUCUACUUUUAACCCUAUUUUUAGGUGCAUUGCUAAGGCUCGUGAUGUAAAUGCUGCUCAUCGAUUGUAUGCUAAGAUGAAGGAGUUGAAUUGUAAGCCUAAUACGGUGACGUGUAAUAUAUUGAUGAAGAUGUUUGCUGAUUCAAAAUCUACUGAUAUGGUUAUUAAGCUCUGGAAGGAAAUGGAUGAGAAUGAAGUGGAGCCUAAUGUGAACACUUUCAAGAUUAUGAUUUCAAUGUACUGUGGGAUGGGACAUUGGAAUAAUGCUUAUAAAUAUUUUAGAGAAAUGAUCGAGGAGAAGUCCUUGAGACCAAGUGAGUCGGUUUAUGACAUGGUAUUAAAACAGCUGAGGAAGGCAGGGCAAUUAAGGAAGCACGAAGAAUUGGUGGAGAAGAUGGUUGAUCGGGGAUUUGCUACUCGUUCUGUAUAAAAGGCAUUUGGACUGCUUGUGGAGUAUGUCUUAAGCUAGACUGUGGAAUCUCAGUAGUGCUGAUGUUAUACGGUAGAUAAAUGAAGUCUAACCCUCUUUCUUGGAAGGAUUUAUACGCGAUCAGAUCAUUUUAAAGACUUUUUAGGGGAGUUCUUUGCGGCAACGAGUUAUAUAACUGCAGCCUCUGUGAUAAUGGUUAGCUGGAGUUUUUGUUUUUUCAUCUCCAACAUGUAGAUUUGGUGGAAACUUUAUAUAUUUCUUGUCGUUGCAGAGCUUGAAAAUGCGACAAGUAAAAUGAAGCAAAGAACAACAACAACAUUAAUGUUUCUGUUUCCUCUUGUUGAAGCCAUAUCUUGGUUAUGUUUUUGUGGAUACAGAGACUAAAAGUUCGUUAAUAAGUACUAACGUUUUGAUUC